GGUCUGAUUUAGGCUGCACAGAUUCCAGGACAAGGGGCAGAGGAAGGACGGCUUGGUCUUCAGAACCUCCAGAUGGCUGAAUUGGAUCUAAUUGCUCCAGGGUCACUGCCUGGGGUCGCUGUUCACCCCCUGGCUUCUCUCUGUUCAGACUCUGGGUCAGCCAGCCCAGUAGAAGAAGAUGCAGGCUCCCUCGAAAAGUCAGGGGAGGAGACUGAGGGGCAGAACAGUGACCAGGCAGAGCUGACGGGGGCUCCUAGUGAUGAGGGAGAGGAGGAGAUCCUGUGUGACUUCUGUCUUGGGGCCAGUAGAGUACCAGCAGUGAAGUCUUGUCUGACCUGCAUGGUAAAUUACUGUGAGGAGCACCUACGGCCACACCAGGAGAACAGCAAACUGCACAGUCACCAGCUGACUGAACCCACAAAGGACCAAGAUCUACGCACCUGCCCAGCCCACCACUGCCCUCUGGUCCUCUUCUGCCACUCGGAUCAGCAAUGCAUCUGCCAGGAAUGCGGCCAGGAGGAACACAGGGGCCACAGCACUGUCUCCUUGGAGGCAGCCCGAAAGAGCAAGGAGACUGACCUUCGGUGUAUGCAGCUGGGCCUGGAGCAGAAACUCAAGUUGAAUGAAAAUGCCAUUGUGAGGCUCCAAGCCAACCAUAAGUCUGUUUUGGUAUCCGUGUCAGAGGUGAAGGUGGUGGCUGAAGAGCAGUUUGGGGAGCUCCUCGCAGCAGUGAGGAAGGCCCAGGCCGAUGUGAUGCUCUUCUUAGAAGAGAAAGAACAGGCUGCUGUGAACCAGGUCAACGGCAUCAAGACCCACCUGGAGUACAGGAGUGCAGAGAUGGAGAAGAGCAAGCAGGAGCUGGAGAAGUUGGCGGCCAUCAGCAACACUGUGCUAUUCUUGGAGGAAUACUGCAAGUUUAAGAAGACUGAAGAAGCUGCCUUCCCCAGUGUUUACAUAGGGCUGAAGGACAGACUCUCCGGCAUCCGCAAAGUCAUCACAGACUCAACUGUACACUUAGUCCAGCUGCUGGAGAACUAUAAGGAAAAGCUUCAGGAGUUUGCCAAGGAGGAGGAGUAUGACAUCAGAACCCAAGUGUCUGCUGUUGUUCAACACAAGUAUAGGACCUCAAAACCUGAGCCCAGAACCAGAGAGGAGUUCCUCCAAUAUGCAUGUGACAUCACAUUUGACCCAGACACAGCACAUCGUUAUCUCCGGCUGCAGGAGGACAACCGCAAGGUCACCAAUACCACACCCUGGGAGCACCCCUACCCAGACCUCCCCAGCAGGUUCCUGCACUGGCGGCAGGUGCUGUCUCAACAAAGUCUGUACCUGCACAGGUAUUAUUUCGAGGUGGAGCUCUCUGGGGGAGGUACUUAUGUUGGUCUGACCUGCAAAGGCAUUGACCGGAAAGGGGAGGAACGCAACAGUUGCAUUUCUGGAAAUAACUUCUCUUGGAGCUUACAUUGGAAUGGAAAGAAGUUCACAGCCUGGCACAGUGACACAGAAACACCGCUCAAGGCUGGCCCUUUCCGGAGGCUCGGCAUCUAUGUCAACUUCCAAGGAGGAACUCUUUCCUUUUAUGGGGUAGAGCAUAAUGCCAUGACUCUGAUUCAAAAGUUUGACUGCAAGUUUUCAGAGCCAGUCUAUGCUGCCUUCUGGCUUUCUAAGAAAGAAAACGCCAUCCGUAUUGUGGAUCUGGGAGAGGAACCUGAGAAAUCAGAACCAUUGUCUGUGGAGGCUGCUCCCUAGAUUCUAGGGUCUACUUCCCAGACCUUUGCUAACUACGAUGGCGGGGCAGCAGCUUUGUACCCUGAGGAGGACUUGGGGAUGGAAACAUCUACGCUCAAGAAAUCAUAUGGGUCAGAAGUGAGGCUUUCCAGCUGCUCUUAAUGCUGCACAGCACUAUUCUCCAUGUGACUGCAGAAACUCUAAGUCAUCAAAGCCUCUCCCCAAGUCUUCUGGUGAUAAUCUCCUGUCAGCUCAGGUGAUUGUCAGCCUUCACUCAGAAUUCAUAACUAGGACUUUUCAGAGCAUGAACAAGACUGCAGAGGAUACAAUUAAUGGCAAACUUCAUUGCUGUGCAUUUCCUAUGUACUGGACACCGUUCUGAGUGCUUCUUAUGUGUUAGUUCACGUCAUCCUCAUGGGGUAUCUAUGUUGUCCUCAUGCUGAAAAUGGGGAAACUGUGGCUCAGGGUGGUUGGUUAGUUAACUUGCUCAAGGUCAGUCUGGGUAUAAAGUGAGGGGAAGAGCUGGGCUUCAACUCUGGACGGGCUGUUGCUGAACUUGUGGCUGCCAUGUUAUAUGCUUUGCUCAUUAGAGCAUGACUGUUGUAUAUAAGGGAAUAGACCCCAUAUGAACUACAUAGCAGAGAAACAGCAUCUUCCACACACCUUUAGAGUUUGCUCAUCUUUCUACAUGUGCCAGGCCAAACUUGGCCAUCCAGCCUGGCACAGUCCAAGCACUCAUCCCUCACAGCAGCGUUUUCUGCUCCUGGUCAUUGAGGAUUAGCACACAUUCUAGUGGGACUCUCUCGGGAAGGGUCUAUAUCCUGUCUUCUAAAGUUACCUGGACUUUAAGGACUUGUCAGAUUUCUUACGCAAAAGGAGCAAUUCUUUAAAUAUUGAUGGUGGUGCUCAUUUCGCCUACGUGCUAUUCCUGGUUUUCUGCCACAUUUCCCACUCCCAUGAUUCCCAGCAAGCCCCCUCCCCUGCUUGAUGAUUUCAUUCCCUUUUGACAGAUGACAAACAUUCAUCAAGCCUUCAUAAAAAUGAAAAAUCAUGUUAAAAUGGGUUUCUAAGGACAUACCCUAAAGUCCUUGGCAGGAUUUACCAGAAAUAUUACUUCCGUGUCUUUUCCUGCUUUGUGUCAAGGCAAAUCUCUUCCUGUUCAACCAGUCUGGCAAUCCUAUCUCAGCAGUGUAUUACUUUAGUUACUUGACUUGCUUCUAGGACUCUGCCUUAUAUGUCUAAUGACUGAAGAGUUGUACAAUUUAAAUGCUUUGGCUUCAUUACUUCGUAUGACUGCUGUGAGCUGAGAGACUUUCAAUUCAUGAUCUUCCAUCUAGUAUAGUCUCUCUCUUGUGUAGCAGAAUCAAUGGUUUUUCUAAAGUCUGAACCAUGUUAAUAAAUACACUGCUUAUGGUAGGGCCAAAUCCUGAAUGUGGCAGCACUUGGUCAGUCCUCUGUGCUGAGGAAUAUGCAAGUUACUUCUUGAUAGAACUAUGCAGUGCUGUGGUUCACCUUUUGCCCCUUUUUUCCACUGGAUGCAAUGAAAGAUAUUUUUCUUUUUGUUCUUCCUCCUUUUAUUUAUUUGAGAUAGGGUCUAACUAUGCAGCCUAAGCUGGCCUGGAACUCACUACAUAUCCUAGGCUGGCUUCACAUUCAGAAUCCUCUUGUCUCAGCAUCCCCAAGUGCUGGCACUAUAUAUCUAAGUUACUGGUGCAGUACCCAGCUCAGGGAAGGGUAUUUUCAGUGGCAGAAAUCAAUACAUACUACAUCUGAAUUCUUUUGAUCUAGCUGUUAAAUAAUACCCCCAAAAGAGAAAAUCCUAUCAUCUUGGCCUGUUCUUUUUUAAAAAUUAAGUUUCUUUGCUUUGAAUUUUGCUUUUUAAUUAAUACACAAUAACAUAUACUUAUGGAGUUCAAUAUGGUAUUUAAAUAUAUGUUUGCAAUGUAUAAUU